AUGAACGGCAACGCCCCUCCAAUCCCCUGGGCCAGCAAACCCGGUGCCUCUGCAUCCUCUCCCUCGCAAAACGCAACUCCCUACUGGCAACCCCACUGCUCCCCCGAGACACCCGUAUCCUCGCACUUCCACCACGAACAAGGAAACUGGGGCUGGGGCAACAACGAAUCCCAAAACUACGUCGAUGAUUCCGCAAACAGUUUCCACACACCCGAUGGCUGUCUAGUGGUGCACGCAAUCAUUAACCACGCACACCCUCAAGACGAUAGGAAGUUUACUUCUGCAAGAUUAUCCUCGCAUCAAACGCUCGCUCGCAGCAAAGGCAGUUUGAGCGCUCGCAUCACAGCACCAGUGGCAGCAGGGAUUUGGCCUGCAUUCUGGUUACUCCCCAAAGAUCCAUUCACUUGGCCCUACGAUGGAGAGAUGGAUAUCAUGGAAGCUUGGAAUGGAGACAAGACAAACCACACAUGUAUGCAUUGGGGUCACUUCAACGGUGAAGACCACGACAAGCACAGAGUUGUAGAAACAUCCAUCCCUGCUAUCGAUUCCAAGAACGGUGUCAGGUUCGAUUUUGCUUGGGAUGAGGAUGAGAGCAGUGGGCAGGGAAAGCUGGUGUGGUAUAUCGAUGGUAGACCGGUCAUGAAGGCGAAUAAACCUCAAGGAACGAGGCCGAUGAAGGAUUUCAGGAUUCUGAUCAAUAUUGCGGUGGGUGGCAAUGUGUGUCAGGGUGUUAUGCCCAAGGAUGGCACGUAUGAAUUUGUCAUCAGAGAGUUGGCCAUGUGGGACGCUCCACCUGGUGGUUGGGCAAGGUUCGAACACGACUGGAAGAAUACCAGAGAGGGUCAUGGUAUGUAG